GUUCUUGAUCCCAUCCAGCCGCCACCACAUCCCUGUAUCUUCCACAUCUGCUCUUUUUCCCACUUCACUCAACAGCCAUGAGCCGGGAGGAACGGAGGAGGUGGGACUCCCCGCGCUCCACAUCCCCGGAACGGCGCCAUCGUCCCAGGUCGAUUCCACGCCGCGACACGUAUUUCCCAGAGCCUUACCGUGAGCGCGACCAGGCUGGCCCGUCGCGCAGUACGAACGCUUGGGAUCCGCCACCCAUCCAGCGGGCAGAUUACUAUGAACCCCCGGCGCCCUCCGUGUCUUACCAUCAGACUGGCGACCCCUUGCCGCCCAUCCAACAGGUGGAAGCGCUGGCCAGUGCCCUCACGUCUGUCAUCCAGCGGUCGGGGCGCCGCGAGGUCGCGCGCGCCGUUGCAGAACGACUGAAACGAUUCGGCGGCGGCACGGCAGAGGAUGCUCAGCGCCAGGUUGAGGCCGCGGAGGAGGAUGUGCGCACCGGCACCGUCGCCUUGCAGCUUGCUUUCGUCACACUCCUACGGAGCGCCCUUGUCGCCAACGGCCGCCUUGGCAUGGAUGAUGAGGCCGUGGAGGCGAUUCGUGUUCGUGUCGAGCGACUCGAACGGCGAGUUCGAUCACCCUCUCCGGAACGGCGUUCGCCACCACCACCUCGACAUCCAGCCGUUCCACCGAUGCCCGCAACAGGAUUCAAACCCACGCGGAGAGGGGCCCGAGGGAAACGGCUUGGAGAGAUCGAGCGCGAGGAAGGCAGCAGCGAACAAUCCGCCGAGGAACGCGAUGCCAAGCGUGGGCGAGCGCGCGCUCUGCUGGAGGAGGUCUUGGCUCGCCUAGAGAUAGUCGAGGGCAAAGCCGACAGCGCGGUUGAGUCGCACUUGCAAGUCGCGGAUGACGUUUCCGUGCUCGAAUCAAACCUACUAUUCCAGGACGACAAGCUUGACGAGCUGAUCAAGCGCAUCUCGCGGCGUAGACCAAAAGAGUCUGACGCAGGCGAUCCCCCAUCAACAGCCGAGGCCACAGAGAAACAGCAGAGUGCGAGACCGGCUAUACAAAGCUCAGGCGGCGAAGCCGACAUGGACAUCGACGGCAGCGAAGAAGAGGACGGCGAGGUGCGAGAAAAGGAGAAGGACGACGGUGGAGGCGACAACAGUGGCGGUGGAGAUGUACGGGAGAGCAGUGUCACCGCUUCGGCUGCCAUCGAGCUUCUCCUGCCCACAAACUCAUCCGCAACUGCCCGUCAUCAGCCAGGAGACCGUGGUCUCGUGGAUGAGAUGACUCGGUUGCGGGAGCAGAUGGCCCUUAUGGAGCGACGGCUCGACGGGAUGCAGAGUGCGGGUCCUGCUGCGUCAACAGAGGCGACGGACGUCGAUAAGCCAGACGGCGAGCCCACACGCCCACAACCAGAGGCGUCCUCGCAGCAACCCAAGCUGUCACCACCGCCCAACGAGGUCGAAUCCCCACCCUCAGUCUCACCCGAGGAACUGAACGCAAUCUGGAAGACGCUCCGCGACUUGUCCGCGCAGUUUGCCGGCCUGCAACUGCGCGUCGACGCGUUGUCCAAGGUGGACGUAGCAGCCAUGAUUCAAGCGGAGCGAGGGCACAUCCAGACUGCGGUGCAGAAUCUGCUCACCACCAAGUGGAAGGAGAUGAUGGCGGGCGCUGAAGCGGCGAUGGAGGCCAGACUCGAGGCCCACAUAGUGCGUGCGGUGCCCGCGGUUUUGGCGCAAGAAAUUCGGGCGGCAGCGGCCAAGUCACCGAUACCAUCGCGCCCCCAGGUGAGCCAGAGCGCGCCGCCACCCACAUUAGCCCAAUCGCCUCCGGUACCGUUACUGCACCGCCUAAGCGGCGCCAACGCCAAUGAACCACCUGCUCUCGGAUUAGCGCAGCGUAUCAGUGAUGGGAGCGACGUGCGCGCGCAGCAGAUCGCCUCGCAAGCUCUGGAGAAGCAGCACAUGCAACAGCACGCGUUGCCCGACAAGCAGUGGUCCCAGCAGCUGGCCCAGGUGCAGGGGCAGCAUGGCACUCAGCAACAGACAUCGCACACCGAGGGCCAAACCACUGCACUGGCGCACCCGCAACUUCAGCAAGGGCAACAACAGCAGUUUCAGCAACAACAGCAGCAGCACCAACAGCAGCAGCAACAGCAACAGCAGCUGCUGCAAGCGUCUAUGCAGCGUCAAGGGAGCAAUGGUGGAAACAGCGUCCACUCGAUGCAGCGUCAAGCGAGCAACGGUGGAACCAGCGUCCUCAGUACGCUUCCGCACGGCAACUCGUCGACUACCCAGCAACAGGCGGCCUCAGUAAGCACCUCCGCUACCGCGUUCAUGCGAGCGGCCCCGAACGCGAAUCCUAAUGCGAGCCUGGCGACAACCCAGACCAACGCUAAGAUCCCGACGAAGGCCCAGCUCGAGGCGGCCGGCCUCAGCCCCAAGCUCAUCAUCGACGCCAAGAUCCCUGCAGAGCUGAAAAUCCGUCUGCUCCAGCAAUGGCCUGGGUGGACGGAACAAUAUAGACAGUCGCUGUUAAGACACCAAGCUGCGUCGGGGGGCCAGCACGCACAACACUGCCAGCAGUUUGCCCAGCAGGCGCAGCAGCAGCACACGCAGGGGCUGGGACCGCUCUCCCCGCAACAGAUGCGGCUAGCACAGCUCAUUGGCCUCAUUCCACACUCCCAUACUGCCUCAUAACAUGUAUAAUCGCAUCGCUAUC